ACGAGAAGAAAACUCAAAAUAUGGUUAUGUAAGGAUUAGAUUAGAUUAGAUUAGGUUAGAUGAUGUUGGUGUAUACUCUCCUCUGGGUAUCGAGGAGUAUCGACACUUGCCGGUUUGCUUGGGCUACUUCCGCAUCGGUUUGAUUGAGAUACUAUCUCUUUUUUUCUGGGAGUAUCCACAUUUUUAUAUAUAUAUCCUCUUAUUAAAAUCGAGAAAUUUAUUAUAUGGUAGUUCGUGGAUUUGAAAUUGUAAGGAUCCCAACUAUACGAACACCGGAAAGUGCGUCUUGGAUGGAGGGAUAAAAAAGGGUUUCUGCUUUUUGUUCAGUUGUGUUUUGCUUCUUUCUUUUAGUUUGAACCAAAUUAAUACUGCCGGUCUCACUGUCACUGGCCGAGCUAGCUGGCUCACCAGAAUGGUUGCGAGUUGACAAGAACAUCGAUGGGAUGGGAGGUCAAAGCUCAAAGAUUGUUACAUGUUGUUGGAAUUCAUCUCACAAGACUGCUGCUCUUGAAGCUCCAUAUGUUGAAAACGCAGAGAUUGAGAGUGAGGUAACAGAUGUUCCGUCUUUUAGUGAAUACACACUAGAAGAGCUUAAGAUCGCCACCUCUGGUUUCGCUUUGGAGAAUGUUGUAUCUGAACAUGGAGAAACAGCUCCAAAUGUUGUCUAUCAAGGGAAACUGGUGACUCAUAAGAAGAUUGCCAUCAAGCGCUUUUCUGGAACUUCCUGGCCUGAUCCACGCCAUUUCCUGGAAGAAGCAAUAUCGGUUGGUCAGCUACGCAGCAAAAGAAUGGCCAAUUUACUCGGCUAUUGUUGUGAAGGCGGUGAGAGAUUACUUGUGGCUGAGUUUAUGCCUAAUGAGACACUAGCCAAACACCUUUUCCACUGGGAAAUACAGCCAAUGAAAUGGACGAUGCGACUAAGGGUUGUCUUAUACAUUUCAGAAGCUCUUGAAUACUGUAGUAACAAAGGACACGCGCUAUAUCAUGAUUUCAAUGCUUACAGAGUUUUGUUUGACGAGGAAUGCAAUCCAAGACUUUCAACCUUUGGGUUAAUGAAGAAUCGUCGGGAUGGGAAAAGUUAUACCACAAAUCUUGCUUUCACCCCUCCUGAGUAUCUACGAACUGGGAGAAUCACAGCAGAGAGUGUAAUCUACAGCUUUGGCACUCUUCUGCUUGAUCUUCUCACCGGAAAGCAUAUUCCUCCUAGCCAUGCCCUUGAUUUGAUUCGACACAGAGACCUUCAGACUCUAACUGAUUCCUGCUUGGAGGGACAACUUUCCGACAGUGAUGGCAUGGAGUUAAUACGCCUGGCAUCUCGAUGUCUUCAGCAUGAAACUCGUGAGCGACCAAACAUAAAAUCGUUAGUCAAUGCGCUGAUAUCUCUCCAGAAAGACACAGAGGUUCCGUCUUAUGUUCUAAUGGGUAUGCCUCAGAGUGGUACUUUUGCGUUACCUCCGUCCCCUUUUGCUGAGGCUUGUUCGAGACAAGACCUGACUGCUAUGCUCGAGUUCUUGGAUAAAAUUGGAUACAAAGACGAUGAAGAUCUUUCGUUUCUGUGGACGGAGCAGAUGCAAGAGGCUAUAAACUCGAAGAAAAAAGGCGACAUUGCAUUCAGAAGGAAAGAUUUUAGUGAAGCCAUUGAAUUUUACACGCAGUUUCUUGAUUUGGGAAUGAGCUCUGCAACAGUCUUUGUGCGGCGCAGUCUAAGUUACCUGAUGAGUAACAUGGCGAAAGAAGCUUUAGAUGAUGCAAUGAAGGCUCAAGGCAUUUCUCCUGUGUGGUACGUUGCAUUGUAUCUGCAGUCUGUUGCUCUUGCUGUUCUGGGGAUGGAGAAGGAAUCUCAGAUCGCACUUACUGAAGGAUCCAACCUUGAAGCCAAAAAGAUUUCAGCUUCCACACAGAACUAAAGACAUUGGGUUUUGUAAAAGAUGAAGAAGCUAUCAUUCAAUGAAGGGAAACAAUCGAAAGGUAAUUUGUUGUCUCAUUUGAAGCUAAGAAGGUUUAGGUGUUGGUUAAGCAUUAUACUAUUUCAAACCUUCAUCAAGGCAGAAGCUAAUCCAUUGUUUUCAGUUGAUACAUAAGAGACCUUGGGAUGUAUGGACACCAAGAGAAUAUUAUACAAACUCCAUUAACAAA